AUGAUGGCCAUGAACGCCAAGCAGCCUUUCGGCAUGCACCCGGUGCUUCAAGAACCCAAAUUCUCCAGCCUCCACUCCGGCUCUGAGGCCAUGCGCCGAGUCUGUCUCCCAGCCCCGCAGCUGCAGGGUAAUAUAUUUGGAAGCUUUGAUGAGAGCCUGCUGGCACGCGCCGAAGCUUUGGCGGCGGUGGAUAUCGUCUCCCACGGCAAGAACCAUCCGUUCAAGCCAGACGCCACCUACCAUACCAUGAGCAGCGUGCCCUGCACGUCCACUUCGUCCACCGUGCCCAUCUCCCACCCGGCCACCCUCACCUCGCAUCCGCACCACGCAGUGCACCAGGGCCUCGAGGGCGACCUGCUAGAGCACAUCUCGCCCACGCUGAGCGUCAGCGGCUUGGGAGCCCCCGAGCACUCGGUGAUGCCGGCACAGAUCCACCCGCAUCACCUGGGUGCCAUGGGCCACCUGCAUCAGGCCAUGGGCAUGAGCCACCCACAUGCCGUGGCGCCUCAUAGCACCAUGCCCGCAUGCCUCAGCGACGUGGAGUCGGACCCGCGAGAGCUCGAGGCCUUCGCGGAGCGCUUCAAGCAGCGGCGCAUCAAGCUGGGGGUGACCCAGGCGGACGUGGGUGCGGCUCUAGCCAACCUCAAGAUCCCCGGCGUCGGCUCGCUCAGCCAGAGCACCAUCUGCAGGUUUGAGUCUCUCACUCUUUCGCACAACAACAUGAUCGCCCUCAAGCCGGUGCUCCAGGCCUGGCUGGAGGAAGCCGAGGCCGCCUACCGAGAGAAAAACAGCAAGCCGGAGCUCUUCAACGGCAGUGAGAGGAAGCGCAAACGCACGUCUAUCGCGGCACCGGAGAAGCGCUCGCUGGAGGCCUACUUCGCUAUCCAGCCGCGGCCCUCAUCCGAAAAGAUCGCGGCCAUCGCCGAGAAACUGGACCUUAAAAAGAACGUGGUGAGGGUCUGGUUCUGUAACCAAAGACAGAAACAGAAACGAAUGAAGUACUCGGCUGUCCACUGA